ACCGGUGCGAAGAAGAAACGUUCUUCUCGUUCGAACACGCCAGAGCGAGGGUUCUGAAGAGAGGGAAAGACACACAGAGAAGAGAGAAGAGAGAGAGGGAGAAAGAGAGAAGGAGGGAGAGAGAGAGAGAGGAUAUGGUGGUGAAUAGGAUAACACGGUGGAAGUGUCGAGGAUAAGCCCUUGUUCCAAGCUCUCGGCGGCUGCCAAGAUUUCAGUAUUCUAAACAAGCUAUGACAUUUGCUUCACCUGGCAAUUUUUGUGGAUAGGCUCUUAAUCGUACAUUAUGCAUCAAUUCCUCGGCUGCUUCAACUAAUUAGGGCAUUGGAGUCUUCUGACAAUCACAUAACCAGGGUCCAAGUCUUAGGCUGCAAUUAGCUUUCUUACAUAAGCAGAGGAGCAUGUUACAAGGACUACUUCAAAGCUUGGAACUGCUUGGUUGGUGUGUGGAAACAGAAUGACGCUAGAGGACUUCUUUACCCUGACUGAGAUGAAGGAUGGGCUUACAGCCCCUGCCAGAGUUGAGGAGCUAGUUUCUAUGAUAAAGGAAAAUGAUCUUCCUGGGAAGAAUGUCAGAGAGGCAGCCAGACAGUGGUGCACUGUUGCAAGCACCUUGGCAGCCACAGAAAAUAAGGAUUGUCUUAACCGCUUUAUUCAUUUAGAUGGGCUCCAUUUCCUUAAUCAAUGGCUCCAUGAAGUGCAGAAGUUUAGUAAUGACAAAAGCGACAGUUCUGCAGAAGAAUCAGUAACUGCACUCUUGGGUGCACUUGAGAAGCUGCCCAUUGAUAAAGAGAAAUCAGUUUCUUCUGGAAUUGGAGUAACUGUGAAUCAUCUUUUUAGCCACCACAGCUUCAAGGUUCAGGAUAGGGCAAGAGCUCUGAUUGAUGGUUGGAACCAAGGAAGACAGAAUGAAGCCAGUAAUAAAGAUGCUGAAAAAAAUGAGGCAUGCCUUAAUGACAAUGUUUCGCCCAGUGGAGAAAUAGCUGUUGAGAGUGGUUGCCUGGAACAGACAGUUCUUAAUGUUACUCCUUUCAGAGGAUAUGCUGAUGAAGAUAAUCACAUAGUGGAGCCUUCUGGGCGUGAAUCCCAGCUAUCAAGAAGCUCAGAUAGCUCUCACUCACAGAGUCUUAAAGACAUAAAGCUCCCUAUGUCUGGUAAUCAGGGUAUUUCUCAAAAUUCAAGCCCGUUAGAGGGAGAUGAGCUCCCAGGAGAUGCUCUUGGCUCCUCUGUAAUGGAAGAUUCCUCUUUGCCUCGUGCAGAUGGGACAAUCUCCCCAGGGGCAUGCACUUCCCCAGGUCCAGUUGAAGUUGAUGUUAGGAAGUCCUUAGAUGUUUCAGAAUUAAAAGGUUUCACUGAUGACAAGAAAGAAAUAGACAUACCAGAUGACCUUGGCAAGGACGUGUCUUCUGUUUCUGCAUCACUGGGCCCUGAAUAUGUUUCUUCUACGGAUGCUGCUGCUGCUCAGAAAUCUGUGGUGGAACUUUCUGUACCAACUGGUUUUGAUGCAAAAGAGAUGAAACUUUGUCCAAAGAAGAUUUCUCCAACUACUUCCACUUGUCUUGACAGUGAUGUGGUUACACUAUCAGAACCAAAGAGGGGGUUAGUUGAUUGUGGGGUAGUAAAACAUUCCAGAAGCACAAUGGAUAUAAAAUCUAGGGGUCAAGCUGGUGAAUGUAUUUCCAAUGUUUCAGAGGACUUAUCUGGCAAUGGCUAUAUCUCAAGAAAGACAGAGGGUUCGCAGAUUUCUUUUUGCAGGAAGGAAGACAUUGAUCCAACAAAAGAUCUCAAGGACUUUUCUGGUGAAUCGAGUUUGAAGGUAGGGAAAGGAGAGGAGUUGGCACUACAUGCUGAUGUUUCACAACAGACGAUAGAUGCUGAUGUUUCACGACAGACGAUAGAUACUGAAGGCUCAGAUAAGGUUGACAAGAGAAAAUCAGAGAUGGACCUUGAGUAUGGUGUAGAUGAUGCACUUGAAGUUGCUAGACAAGUUGCUAAAGAAGUGGAGCAAGAGGUAGUGGAUUAUAGAGAACCAUUAUGUAGUUCUUCCUCUGAGAAUAAUUCAGAAGGUGGAGUUGUGCAGCACUCUAGCCUUGAUUCUAUAAAUGGAGAGCAGGACCAAUCGACAAUGGGACCACAAAAUGAGGUCCCAACAGGACAAAAUCUUUGUGCAGUGGCCUCGUCACCAAAUGGAAGAGAGCAUUUAAUAUGUUCAGAUAACGGGGAUAGAAAAUCUGAAGAUUGCAUGCAAGAUAUGGAGAUAUCCCAGGUCACAGAAGCUGCUCAAGAACCAAAUAGUACCACCGAGAAGGACAUUUAUGAAUUCGAUUUGAACAAGGAGGUCUGCUCAGAGGAAAUGGAUCGCCCAAUGACUCCAAUAUCUGCUCCAAAACCCAUUGUUGCUGCUUCAAAAGCAGCUAUUACUGCUGGAAUGUCUGUGGCUCCUCUGCACUUUGAGGGGGCACUGGGAUGGAAGGGGUCUGCUGCAACAAGUGCUUUCCGCCCACCAUCUCCCCGCAGGACUCUGGAUGGUGAGAAGACACCCUCUGUCGAGGGAAGCAGCUACAGUUCAAAGCAGAGGCAGGAUGUUCUUGAUAUUGAUCUGAACGUGGCUGAAGUUGACGAUGAGGGGGUCACUGAUACGGCACUGAUGAAACAAAUGCCAGUAUCUUCUGGCCUUCUUUCUGGGGAAUCUUCCACUGAAGUGAGCUCAAAAAGGGCAGAGAGACUCAAGCUGGACUUGAAUCGUGUUGAUGAAAAUGAAGAUGCCCCAUCAUCAGACUGGAGGAUGGAUGAAAAAUCCCCUUAUCAUCACUGUAAUGGCAAUCAAAGCCCGUCUCCUUCCUCAGCUUCAUCAUCAAGACAGCCUUCAAUGAGGAAUAUAGACUUGAAUGACAGCUUUUCUGUCUUUGAUGAUUCUCAUGAUCGACGUGCUGAGAUGAAGUCAACUUCCCAAGGCAUGAAUGAUCCUGUCAUCUCUAUCAUGGGUACAAAAGUGGAGGUCAAUAGAAAGGAGUUUUUACCCCCAAGUCAGUCCUUCCUGCCAAAUGGGCAGGUUGCUGAAUAUGUGAUGGGGACCAAUUCAGCAAGCUUAGGUAGUGGCAUUGCAGCAUAUCCAGUGAUGACAUAUACACACGCACCUCCGGUGUUUAGUUACAAUGGCCUCACAGUGGGGCCUUCUGUGUCUCUUUCACCAGCUAUGUAUGGACCUGGCUCUGUUCCAUACAUGGUUGAUUCAAGGGGAAAUCCUGUGGCACCACAGGUAGUGGGCUCUCCAGUCCCUGGCCCCUCUUACUCCCAACCAUCAUUCAUUAUGAACAUGCCUGGCCCUCCAUCUGGGUUGAAUGGUGUUGGGCCAUCACAUUCAAGCCUUGAUUUGAAUUCAGGGUUAACAACGGUGGAAGGUGAGAACAGGGAAUUGGGGGGCUCCCGGCAGCUAUUUAUUCAGGGGCAGAGCAGAUCUGAUGAGGAACAGAUAAAGCCUGCAUCAUGGUCAUUAAGUUCAGGAAUGGCAGUGAGGCGGAAGGAACCUGAUGGUGGGCGGGAUUCAUAUCCAAGUGGUAACAAACAACAGCGACCAUGAAAUUAGAGGUUUUUUCUUUUAAUUUUAUUUAUCCAAGGCUUCUUCCUCCAAGGGAGGAGAUAUUGUUGGUUUAGGAAAACAACAAAGAUCAGUGCUUACAUUACCAAACAGAUGUGGCCCAGAAGAUAGAUAGAGGAACCCAUUGGCUUAGGUGGGACAACGGGUGGAACUGAAUAAAGCUGGAAGACUGAUCUGAUUACCAGCGUCUGGGUGGGUGAUAGAGUAGUCUUGAUUGUUCUCCUUUCUUUAAUUUUAAUCUUAUUUAUUUUCUUGUUAUUUUUUUUUCUUCCCAUAGUAAGGCAACUGCAGCCAGAGAAAGCUGGGUCCAGUUUAUCUGUAUAUCUCAUAUAUCAACAGGAAAUGAAAGAAUUGGAUCUUCUUUAAUA